GUGUGGUUAUGUGUAUACAGAGAAACACGUCGUUAUAAGAAUUGUUUUUCAACAGAAACAACAAACAAGAGAGAAGUGUGGAAAGAAUUUAACAAAUUACUGUUCGUAAUUAGUUUUCUUUUUCCCAAAAAAUGGAUGACGAAGCAGAAACAUACAAAUUAUGGCGAAUAAGAAAAACAGUAAUGCAAUUGUGUCACGACCGAGGUUAUUUGGUUACACAAGAUGAAUUGGAUCAAACGUUGGAGCAAUUUAAAGAACAAUUCGGUGAUAAACCAAGUGAAAAAAGACCGGCACGCAGUGAUCUUAUUGUUUUAGUAGCGCAUAAUGACGAUCCAACAGAUCAACUCUUUGUAUUCUUCCCAGAUGAACCAAAAAUUGGCAUCAAAACCAUUAAAACCUAUUGCCAGCGUAUGCAAGAGGAAAAAAUUCAUAGGGCUAUCAUUGUUGUACAACAAGGAAUGACACCAUCAGCUAAACAAUCAUUGGUAGACAUGGCACCAAAGUAUAUAUUAGAACAAUUUUUAGAAUCUGAAUUACUUAUUAACAUCACAGAACACGAAUUAGUGCCUGAACACAUUGUGCUUACACCAGAUGAAAAAGAGGAAUUACUUACCAGGUACAAAUUAAAAGAAAAUCAAUUAAUGCGUAUACAAGUUGGUGAUCCUGUAGCUCGUUAUUUUGGAUUAAAACGUGGACAAGUUGUAAAAAUUAUUAGGCCAUCUGAAACAGCUGGGAGAUACAUUUCUUACAGACUUGUAUGUUAAAUAAGGAAUUCCAUAUAAAUGGUUAUAUUGUACAUUAUC